AUGUUCUCCGCCGGCGCCGGAGCCAUUCCCGGCGGCGGGGAAAUCGAGGAGAGAAAGUUCAACGUCGCCGGAAAUAUUCCCCGGCGGCGGAGACGCUGGAGAAGAACCUCAUGGACGAGGGAGGCUCAGUACCAAGAGAAACAGUACAACCUAGUCUGGCAAAGGGGACAUUCAAGAGGACUAGAAUGCAGGCAACUUGUACCUGGAGGGAGUCCUUGUGUCUUGUGUGGUCCCUUAAUUUGGUUCAGCUUUGCAACCAUCAACUGCUAUGAAAUAUCCCCACCAGAGCAGUUCCCCAAGGCACAUCUACCUCUUUGGACUGUUGCAUUUUGGACAGAUGAACCCAUGACAGUACCCGAAGGGAAUGUAGAAGGCCUCGCGGGUUUUAAGGCCCAAACUGCGCUUUGGGGUUUUGGGCCUGUGAAGUCAGAGGAAAAGCCCAUUCUUUGUUUCGCAAAUAGACAAUAA